AUGAUGCACUGUAUAAGAACAGCUUUAUCAGUUGUUCGCCAAAAAAGAAACAUAAUAAUUCCUACUCAAACGUUAUUCAACGUUAACCACCUUACAGUAGCACAACGGCGGUGGUUUUCAUCUCAAAAAGAUGAUACAGACACAAUAGUAGAAAACAUAUGUAACGGCGAUGCUGAACUUGAAAAGAAACUAAGGAUCUUAAUGUUGGAAGUUGAGGUGAUGCGUCAAGACGGUAGACAUGCUCCGGAUAACAUAAAAAAAGAUCACUGGCAACAUUUGUUAAGCUUGACAUCAAAAAACCAGCGAGCUUCCUACCUCCAAUAUUUGUUUAAAACGGAAAAAUCAAGAGAAAAUUUCAAGGCGAAGAAAGAAGCUAAGAGACUAAACAAUCCUGUGAUAAAACCUGAAGAUAGCAAAGAGCAUGAAGAUGACCUUCUAUAUGGCAUACAACAUCAGUCAUUGUUUUUGCGAAUUCGGGACCAAUCCAUAAAUCAGUUUGACAACUAUAGGGCCCUUCAAGCUCUAACAUACGGACAAUCUGUUGUUAUAGACUGCUCAUAUGAGGAUUAUAUGGUCUAUAAAGAAGCAUUAAAUGCUGCUAAACAAUUAACAUAUGUUUUUGGUGACAACAGAAUUCAUAAAGAACCUUUUAAUUUGCAUAUGUGUAAUGUCAAUAUGGGUGGACAAUUUAUGAAACAAAUGCGAAAAAAUAUUCCAUCACUGGAUGAACCUUGGUUUCCAUUGAAUAUACACACGGAAAGCUAUUUAGAUAUAUUUCCAAAGGAGAAGCUGGUCUAUUUAACUCCUCAUUGUCGAGAAGAGCUCAGUAAAUUUGAUCAUGAUGCUGUUUACAUUAUAGGAUGCAUGGUUGACAAGGUGAAUAAUGAACCACUCUCAUUAGCAAAAGCUAAAAGGGAUGGAAUAAAGAUGGCUAAGUUACCAUUGGACAGAUACCUCGAAUGGGCCCCAGGAUCCAAGAAGAACCUUAAUAUAAACCAUAUGGUACCCAUUCUAUUAGAUUUAAAGCUAACUGGUGACUGGGAGUAUUCUUUAAGGCAUAUUCCAAGAAGAAAACUAAUGGAAACCAAAAUAUUGGCUAUGCAGAAGAAAUUAAGUCACAAUCCAAAGUUACAAAAUGAAGUUAUGAAAAAUUUCAAGCUGUCCAAACUGAACAGAUUGGCUUUUAAAGAAAAACACUUUGGUUCAUUUACAUUUAAAGAAAAAAAAGUUAGAUCUAAGAGGACUUUGUAUGAUGAUGAAAAUAUAUAA